AUGCUCUUUUUUCUUUUCAGCUUAAUUUGUGAUUACGCUACUGGCCUACAUCUAGUACCAAGACUUCAAUUGCCUCUUCUUCCAAACCGCCUACCUGCAUGUCCAUUUAUGAAUCAGAGUCUUGGUCGCUUUUCCACAUCUGGCUUAUUUGAGGGUGCCGGUUCCUGGGAUUCAGUUCGGCAGGUAAAGGUCAAGUAA